CGUAAUGCCGCCGCGGCGGAGGCGGUCCUGCUGGCUGCUGUGUACGCGGCGAGCGACACCUGGUGCGGCCAGCUCGGCUCCUGCGACGCCCGCGUCCGCGGCCUCGACACUAGCUGCGGCCCGGCCGCCGCUUGAACAUGGACUCCGCCGGCCAAGAUAUCAACCUGAAUUCUCCUCACAAAGGCCUGCUCUCCGACUCCAUGACGGAUGUCCCUGUCGACACAGCCGUGGCCGCCCAGGCGCCUGUCGAGGGUCUGACGGAGGCCGAGGCCGAGGAGCUGAGGGCCGAGCUGGCAAAGGUCGAGGAGGAAAUUGUCACUCUGCGCCAGGUGCUGGCUGCCAAGGAGCGCCACUGCGGAGAGCUGAGGCGGAAGCUGGGCCUCUCAGCCUUGGAGGGCCUGCGGCAGAACCUGUCACGGAGCUGGCAGGACGUGCAAGGCUCCAGCGCCUAUAUGAAAACUUCUGAGAAACUCGGAGAGUGGAAUGAGAAAGUGACCCAGUCGGACCUCUACAAGAAGACUCAGGAAACUCUCUCUCAGGCGGGACAGAAGACCUCAGCUGCCCUGUCCACCAUGGGCUCCGCCAUCAGCAGGAAGCUCGGAGACAUGAGGGCUCGGCCGUUCUCACACUCCUUUAGCAGCUCCUCCAUCCGCCACUCCAUAAGCAUGCCGGCCAUGAGGAAUUCUGCCACCUUCAAGUCAUUUGAAGACCGAGUUGGGACCAUAAAGUCUAAGGUUGUUGGCGGCAGAGAGAAUGGUGGUGACAACCUGCCCUCCCCGGCCGGGAGUGGUGACAAACCCCUGCCUGAUCGCACGUCCUUCUGAGCCCAGCGGGCUUCGCGUGGCCACAGACAAGCACAGCCUCCUGGCCACAGCUGCAGCUGCGUGAGCGGGGCGGGCAGCCAGGCCUCGGCAGCGCUCAGAGCUGGCUUUGAGGACAGUCGUGCCAUCCAUGUGGGGCGUGGCCGCAGGCUCGCGUGGGGCUGAGGACACGCCACAUGCACUUGCCUCCACUGUGUCAGCAGAGGCGGCGGUCUCCAAGCCAGAGCCCGGCUCCCUCUGGGAACCGUGUGUGCUCAGCACGUGUUCAAGGGAAGAGCCACAGUGUGAAACACGCCGCGUCUGCUCCGCUCCUUCCUCAGGCACAGAGGCCGCGCCUCCAGGAAGCCCUGCCUGAUCUGCAGUUUCUUUUCAACAUGCGCAACAAACUGUCCAUUUUCGGAGACCCGCCAGAAGGAAACUGAUUAUCAGCAGCUGCCUAAUUGUUACACUAAUGAUCUAGCUUUAACAAAAGCAAAUUCUUUAUUUUUUAAAUGCAGUGGGUUUUUCAAAAAUUAAAACUAAGCAAAGCAACUUUAGCCUCAUAGUUAGAAAAUAUCAUUUCUUUGGCCUCGAGCUGAAUACACGCCUUACAUCGCCUUAUGCUUUGUUUAUAAUGUUUUUAUAUCUAGAAAUGAGGGUUCUUUGGGGGUUUUGAGCACCGUGUAGAAUUCUGCAUCCAGUCAAGUGGCAGCGUGGCCCUGCCCGUGGUGCGUUUCGCGGAUGCACUCCGUCCACGUGUGUGAAAUUGGCUUCUCUCUCCUCUCAUUGACCACGGCGGCUCCCGAGGACCAAAGGGUCCCCGGGCCAGUGGGUAUCGGGGCAGGAGAAUGGAAAGGCAGCACGUCUGCAGAGGGGCAGCACCACUCCCCGGGGGCCAGGCCUGCGCAUUGCUGGUUGGCAGCUCCAGCCUGCCUGGGUGCAGCCAGCUGCAGGCAGACCCUGCAGGCCGGUCAGGGCCCGGCGGUUGGGGUCAGCCAAGCCUCUGCUGCGGCCUUUUCUCCGGAGCGACGAAGACCUCUCUCCCCUUUGAUGCUGCCCCGCCCAGCAGCCCCUCACCCAGGGCCCCGCAUCUGCGGUGUCCGGAGGGGCAGCUCUGUGCCUUACGGGCUUGUCCUGGGCAGAGACCUCGCCCGCAUCUGUGCACUCGGAGGGGAGGAACCAUCAGCUCUGCGUCCGCUUUGGUCAACUGAGACGUGCUCUCUGCUACCUGAGUCUGCUGGCCACUGCAGACACCGGGGUGGGGGGUGCAGUCCGCGCUCGUGCCUUGGGCGGCGUACCUGUCCAUGUCCUUUCUCCAGGUGGGAAUCCCUCAGGUGGGGUGUUGGGAGGAGGCAGGAUGCAGGGCCAAUGACUGGUAGAUCUUUUCCUUAAAGUAAGUAAUGGGUAACUUGCCAAUAAAGCAUUCCUUUGGGGGAAAACCCGC